GGAAUACCGCUAUAGCUCUUGUGGCAGUUGACUGAUCAAUGGCUCUGCUCAAAUCUGGCUGGCUCUGGAGACAGUCUUCAAUCCUCAAACGCUGGAAGCUGAACUGGUGUGACCUGUGGAUAGAUGGGAGCUUUGUUUUUUACACAUCUGAAUCCAGAAGAGACUAUGAGACCAAAGCGAAUCUAAAGAGCACCUGUGUGAAUGUGAAGUCUGGUCUGGAGUGUGCAGGUGUAUGUCCACCUGAGGGUCACCCCAGAGAGAAUCUGCUGGUUGUUUAUCUGAGGGAUGGUGCUAUGCUGAUCCUGUGUGCCAACAGUGAAGAUGAGGCACUGGCCUGGAAACUCACACUCAUGGAGGCGAGAAGAAAUCCAGUUUUCACAUACAAUCCCUAUGACGAUACUUACCAAACCGUUCCGAUUGACAGUCACAAUGCAGUUUACAUCAUGCCAGGUGCAGGUUGUGGAGGAACUCAGCAUGUCUGGGUGCACAGAAACUCUGAUGACAAUUUCGGAGAGCAGAUUGCUUUGGGACUCCUGGCAGGAAUGGCUGCGGGUGCAGCAAUGCGUUCACUUCUAUGGAUGCCCUUCUGGUUCUGCUGAGGGCCUGUUGGAUAGCAGGGUGAUCACUGGA